AUGUCUAGAGCAGGAAUUGUCUUCUUGAUAAUAUGGAAUAUCAUUCUCCAGGUGAUAGACUGACGUUUUAUGAUUUAAAAACCAUAAACUGUAAGACACUUUGUCUUUAGCUUAAUCUUCAUUUUCAUUUGUUUCAUGUUGUGUUGUAAGCUUCAAAUGUAACAAUUAUGUACUUGAAAUACUAAAAAAUAAAUCAUGCUUUAAAUUUUAUAAUGUUUCCAACAUUUCAAGCCCUGAAGGCCCAGUGUACACUUACCUAAUCUUUUUUCCGAUAUAUUUUUUUUAUAUAUUGUUUACUAGGGUUAUGCAGAAGCUACUUGUUCAAUUUCGUGUUUUAAUGGUGGCACAUGUAUUGCCACUCCCAGUGGACAGUCUUGCCUCUGUGCUGCAGGGUUUACAGGUAGUGACUGCUCAGUCAACAUAGAUGAAUGCUCCACACACCCAUGUAAUAACAAUGGAACUUGCAUUGAUCAGGUAUGCAAAGUUAGAUUUUGAUAGUUUUUCUUUUUUUACUAAUUCCUUUCUUCUACUAUCAGCAACAUAAAGUAUUUAUUAUUAAUGUCACUGGGGGCCAGGGGAUGAGGAUUCCCCUUGGCUACUAAUGACCCAUGGCUUAAUAACUUAUAUAGUAAACAAAAGGUAGAAACAAUCAAAAUGACUUCAUAACUGUUCCAUUUCCCACCUUUUUAUUGCACAAUAAUACCCACCAUCUUGAAAUCUUAGUUUUAUUAAAUAAACAGUAAUCAAUUGGAGGCAGAUGUAGUAAAAAAUUGCUUGACUAGAGAGUAUUGAUUUCUGUGACCAUGAUUAUAACAUAACUUUUGUUUGAUAAUUGAUUUUUUUUCAGGUUAACUCAUUCCGUUGUCAUUGCCCCAGAGGAUUCACUGGAAUAAUUUGUGAGACAAAUAUAGAUGAUUGCCAUGGAAACCCCUGUAGAAACGGGGCUACCUGUCAAGAUCUUGUUUCUGACUUCCACUGCCACUGUCUGCCAGGUUUUGUGGGAAAAUCCUGUGAGACUGAUGUUGACAACUGUGCUGGCGUGCCUUGUCACCAUGGCAGCACGUGCACUGAUCAUGUGAAUGGAUUUUCUUGCACCUGUCUCGCUGGCUAUACAGGAAGUUUGUGUGAAAUUAACUAUAACGAGUGUGGCAGCAGUCCGUGCAGGAAUGGAGGAAUCUGCGCUGAUGGAGUGAAUGGAUACUUGUGUGUUUGUAAGGCAGGUUACACAGGACAGAACUGUGAAGUGGACAGUGAUGAUUGUCAACAAGCACCUUGCAAGAAUGGUGGUAAGUAAUUCAGUAAAACAAUUCUUUGGGUUUCCUCCAAAGAAGAAGACAUAUGGUCUAAUAUCUCUGUCCAUCUAAAGAAUGUUAUAUUUCUGAUAAACAACUUACAAAAGGAGAUAUUAUUAAUAUAAUUAACAUUAUUCAAAAAAAAUAAUAAUAGAGUGAUAAAAAUAUUUGUUAUCAAAAUCUUUUGCCGGCCAGACUCAUAUGAAUAAGUGGAUAGCCUAUGGCCUGUUAUCAGGGCUCAAAAAAAGUCCUGUCCCAGAGUCCAGGACAACUUGAUUUUCUUGCUGGGCAAACAUUAAACUUUUACAGCGCAGUCAUGCCCAAUGGGCAAGAGUGCAAGCAUGUGAUCUUCUAACGUUACUAAAUCUUUCAAGACUAAGACAAGCAAAUAGUGGCACCUGGCAAGCAAAAUGUGACAGCUGCAUGCCCAAAGCUGGAAUUGAAGUUUAAGUUUCUUCUUGAUGAUUUUUAUUCCAGGAACAUGUUCUGACCUUGUGAAUGAUUUCCGCUGCAACUGUGCAGUUGGUUUUCAAGGUGCUACCUGUGAAGUUGACAUUGAUGAUUGCCUACCUGCUCCAUGCGACAACAAUUCAACUUGUGUGGACUUGAUUAACGGAUUCUCCUGCACUUGUUUGCCAGGCUAUACUGGACAAAGAUGCGAACUUGAUGUAGAUGAAUGCAGAGAUCACAAGUGCUUGCACAAUUCUGCUUGCAUUGAUGAAAUCAACUCUUACAGGUGUUUGUGUAAACCUGGUUAUACUGGGCAGUUUUGCGAAGUGGAUGUUAAUGAGUGCAAUGCUCAUCCGUGUCAGAACCUAGGCUUGUGUGUUGAUCUGGUAAACAACUUUAAAUGUGUCUGCCAAACGGGAUUUAGAGGGAAGGAUUGUGCAGUGAACAUCGAUGAUUGCGCACUCAGCCCCUGCCAUCACAAUGGAACAUGUGUUGAUCUUGUCAAUGAUUACAAUUGCACUUGUUUAAAUGGCUAUACAGGAAAAGAUUGUCAUAUCAAUAUUGAUGAAUGCACAGAGAACCCCUGUCAGAAUGGGGCAACCUGUAUUAACAGGGCAGAUGGACUAGGCCAUGAUUGUAUUUGUCCUAGUGGAUUCACAAGUGCAAAUUGCUCAGUUGAUAUUAAUGACUGUUUACCUAAUCUUUGUAAUGGAGGCGUGUGCUCUGAUUUGAUCAACAACUUUAUAUGUGACUGCUCUGGAACCUCUCCAGGAAGAACUUGUGCCGGUACAGUGGAUGUGUGCAGUUCAUUUUCAUGCUGCAACGGAGGGACUUGCAUCUCCAAUAAUUCUUCAUAUCAGUGCAUUUGCCCUGAGGGAUUCACUGGUAUUGACUGUGAGGUUGAUAUAAAUCACUGCCAAUCACACACAUGUCAGAAUAAUGCAACAUGUCUCAAUGGUAUAAGUAAUUAUACUUGUGUCUGCAUUAAGGGUUACACUGGCAAAAGAUGUGAAACAGAGAUAAAUGAAUGCCUUGGUAAUCCGUGCAAGAAUGGUGCUACUUGUGUAGACUUGGUGAAUGGCUUCCAGUGCAUUUGCUCUGCAGGUUUCAAAGGACAUACAUGCUCUGUAGACAUAAAUGAGUGUUACUCAUUGCCUUGUUAUCACGAUGGGAUUUGCACAGAUUUGGCGAAUGAUUUCAGUUGUUCCUGCAAGCCAGGAUUUAUGGGUAGAAGAUGCGAGAUCAACAUCAAUGAAUGUGGGUCUGUGCAGUGCCUACAUGGUGGGUUUUGUGUGGAUGGCAUUAACAACUUUGAAUGUUUAUGUAGUCCUGGAUAUGGUGGAACUCACUGUGAAGUGAACAUUGAUGACUGCGCACGUCAGCCUUGUAAGAACUCAGGCAACUGCACUGACUAUGUGAAUAACUUCCAGUGUGCGUGCCCGCCAGGUUAUACAGGGCGACAGUGUGAAGUUGACAUUGAUGACUGUGCCAGUCAGCCAUGCCAACACAACUCCUCAUGUACUGACUUGGUGAAUGGUUUCUUGUGUAACUGCCCUGUGGGUUACUCAGGUAUCCACUGUGAAACAGAUAUCAACGAGUGUCUCACAAAGCCAUGUUUUAAUGGAACAUGUCUUGACCAGGCAGGCAGAUUUGAGUGCGUCUGUCAAGCUGGUUUUACUAGUCAUCUUUGUGAAGUCAACAUAAAUGACUGCGCUCAGUCUCCUUGUCUAAACGGGGGCAGCUGCUUUGAUAUGAUUGAAGACUUCUUUUGUAAGUGUCCCACUGGGUUUACAGGAAGAACUUGUGCAGUGAAUAUUGAUGACUGUUCUCUUCAGCCUUGUCAGCAUAAUGGCAGCACGUGUGUGGAUGGUGUCAAUGCAUUUAGCUGUAUUUGUGCAUCAGGAUAUACAGGAGUCAAUUGCUCUGUUGAGAUAGACAAGUGCGUCCCUUCACCCUGUCACAAUAAUGCUACCUGCACCAAUGAAAUAACUGACUUUAAAUGUUGGUGCCCAUCAGGAUUUAAAGGUAGGAUUCUGUGUUUUCACCUUUUUUGAUAACCAAGUUUAAAGUGAUAAUGUUGCAAGCUUUCUUUACAUUACAAAAUGAUUAAGUUGCACUUCCCAAAUACCGACACCAAAGGGACAGAGCGUAGUGUCUGUAUUAAGGAGGUGUCCAUUAUCAUAGAGAUAACGAUCUCUGGGACUAAUACAGCUGUCCAUAACGGAGAGGUAUUCCUGUUAUAGAGAUGCUUGUAAGAAAGGUUUCACUGUAGAGUUAAUAAACUUCGUCUUUUGCUCAGAAGCAAAAUGAUACUGCAGCGUGUCACCAAAUGACCUGCAAGCAAUCUCUCUUUUUCAGUGUUUAGCAAAGCAGGCAACAAACCUGCCAAGAGCCAGGGAAAACCCUUUCUCCCCUUCCCCCAAUCCUCACUCGCGUCUAUUCUUGGGUGGCGCAUGCUGGUGACUUCUCACGAUUCGCAUAUCCCUACAUGAAUGCAACCUUUCGCCGCCGUUUUUCCCGAUCCGACUGACCGCCCUUGGGUCUCCGAGGAUGAGAAGAGAUUGCCAGUAGACUAGUUACCAAAAUACUUGCAGAAAAUAUAGUGCUGUUGUCCAAAAGCAAAUGGGCCCUGUUACGAGCUCCCCACUAUCUAUCGAGACGUUUUGUCACGUGAUUCGCAGUAUAAAUCACGUGACAAAACGCCCAAAUAUAUCUAAAAAGAUUCCGCAAUGGAAUGGAAAGCUUGUGUGUAAAAAGUUUUUUCCUAUCCUAUAGUGUAAAUUGACGUCGUUUAUUAUAUAUGUAGUAAAAUAAAACAGGCUGAAAUGUCAUUAUUUUUUUUAACUUGGUGAUUUAGGUCGCUAUUGCGAAGUGAAGGAAAGCAUUUGUAUCUCGUCUCCAUGCCAAAAUGGUGGAACUUGUCUUGACAUCCCAGGAGGAUUCUACUGCAUCUGUCCACCAGGUUUCAACGGAAAUACAUGCAACGAAACAAGAGUAAUUGAUAAAUGCGCCAGCAUGGUAUGUUUACAUGAUGGCAGAUGUGGCCAUGUUGGAAACCAAAGCAAGUGUAUCUGUUCUGAAGGUUACCAUGGAAAACAUUGUGAGUUGAAAACUGACAGGUGUCAAUCAUCUCCUUGUCUUAAUGGUGCUACAUGUGUUGAUAAUGGUGACCUGGUGUUUUGUAAGUGUCCAGUCGGGUUUGUCGGGAGACACUGUGAAGAAGGUGGGUGGAAAAUUUUUCUUAUGGUGCUUUCUCUUGAUAAGCAGAGUAACAAAUGAUAAAGCGAAAGCACGUGGAACGGACUGAAUGCGACUUCCGGUUCUUAAAUUGUUGCUUUGCCAUUGGUCAAGCUCGUUUAAGAUCUGCGCGCCCUGUCAUUACUGCCGUCACGUUUUCAUUUCUGAAUCUGUCUGAUAUGACAGGAGAGGCGUCCGCAAAAUUCUUUGAGAUGUCUGAAAUAUAGUUUCUAAUCCCCCGCUCUGUCGCCGGUGAGGAGAACAUUCUCACCCAACGCGCGACUUCAAUCAUACUAUAUUCAACCCUCCCCCCCCCCCCCCCCACUUCUUACAGGACGUUCCAAAAUAAUCUAACUCCAGCCAUCCCCUCCCCACAAUUUUCCUGUCCAUUAGGUCGUAAUAAAAUUACGCCCACCCUUACGAUCUAUAACUGAACCGCACACGUUGAGAACCAGAUUAAGUUAUAGUCUAAGUACUUUAACCUUUAUAACCGUUUGUGGUUGAAACGCGUUUAUUUUCAGGUUAGGCUCUGGUGAUGGACUUUCAUACCCGAUUAUAUUUCUUUUUGGCUUUAGCGCGGGGCAUUACCGCUUGGACGGUUGGGGUACAGUUGUUCUUACGUCAGCAGUGUUUCCUUCAAUGCAUUUCUUUACAGGCUUUGACCACUGCAUCGUGCGAGUAGCAGACAGCAAUCUAACAUUCCCAUCGAACAUUUGUGGACCUCACGGAGCAUGCGUUAGCCGCCGUACUGGAUUCCAGUGCAUAUGCCAUGCGGGAUAUUCAGGCCUUCUCUGUCAGUAUGGUAAGUGGGUUUAUAUACAGUCUUUUAUGUUGGUAACAGUGGAAGCGUAGAUCGAAGGUGCCCAGAGCAGGCUGCAAGAUUAUUUUACUGAUUUCCUCAAAAAUAUCACAAAAAAGGAAAAUGAGACUGCGAAAUUAGAUUCGUCUGCUUACCGUCCUUUUUUCCAAAUCCCGAGUUUAAAUACUGUAUUUUCUCAGCCUUAUGCCCCUGAAAUUAACAUGACAGUAUGUAGCUUUUCCGUCUUUUUGUUGAACUGUUAUUUUCUUUUGCAGAAAUAAACGAGUGCUUGUCGAAUCCGUGUACUGUGGGAAUGAAGUGCAUCGAUGCAAUUAACCAGUUCACCUGUGUGCCUCUCAGUGAUUACAAUAAGAUAGCUAACGGUCGUGAGCUGAUAUCAGGUAUGGAUUGAUGUGUGAUUGGUUGUGAUGUGAUGAAAGGUAAUGUGAUGUGAUGUGGUGAGGUGUGAUAUGAUUUAAUGUGAUGAGGUGUGACGCCAUGCGAUGCGAUUCUAUGUGGUAAUGAUGUGAUGAGAUAUGAUGAGGAGUGGCGUGAUGAGGUGUGAUGUGAUGAGGUGUAAUGUCAUGUCAUUUGAUGUCAUGUGUUGUGAUGUGAUGAGUUUGGAUGUGAUGAAAUGUGAUGUGACGCUGGAUUAGUGCAGGGCUGUUUUCUGUUCAAGUUACGCUCAACUGGCUUCUUGACAGGCUGAAUCAGACAUAGGGUUCGUAGGUCUAAAUUGACACCCAAAGGCUACAGGCAAGCAAAUUUUACCAUUUUUCUAUGAAGACAACUGUUCUGGUCUGUUUUUUCCUCCAGAUUCGUCCACCAAGCCUUCAUAUCUCGUUCCCGUCAUCGUAGUUGCAGUUGUAGCCUUAGUAUGUAUGGCAGUUCUCCUCGCAUUUAAACUGAGGGUCGGGAGACAGAGAAACGGGCGAAUGAAGCUCACAGAGAAACAUGCUGACACGCUACCGCAUCCCUACCCCGAGGAAAAGACGUUUGAGAACCCCAUUUACCAGGUUAGCAAAAAACGAGGAGUUUGUAACUUAAAUGCAAAAGAAAAUAAUUAACAAUUAUUCCUCGAGCCCGAAUGGGCUCUGAGUCUAUUGACCAGAGGCCAUGAGGGCGAGAGGAAUAAGUGUUUUAGUAAAAUCCAACUAGUUGGUCAAAAAUAUCGAGAAUAAAAAACUUUUAGCUAGUUAAAGCUAGACUUUAAUCCUUUUUUGCCGCCAAAAGUCCGCGCUUUUCGCUACUAGUGGGCUAUAACAUAUAGCCGAGUAGUAGCUCAACCAAUCAGAACGCGGCAUUGAUAACAGACCACUAGCUGGAUUUUACUAAUAAUAAUUAGUCCAGGCUAACCCACAAAAAGGGUGUUUCUGAGUUCCUGCGUGAGUGCGCAAUGGGCAAGGGACCAGGCAAGUCAUCCUCAAGCAAAAUCUUUAACUAAGACGAGCAAGAAGUGGUCGCAGGCAAUCAAAAUAUGAGAACUGCUUGCCCAAAGGACAAGCUGGAAUUCACGGGGUUUUUUUUCAAGCCCUGAUUAUUGGGCGUUUUCUCGUCGAACUUGCUCUGAAACGCUCGCUGAGCAGUCUGCCCAAUUCCUUUCUAACUCAUACCCUGAGGUAAAAGUAAAAGGAAUUCCCUUUGAUGAAAUUUCCCUUAAUAACUUUCAGCCAUGUGAGAAGGUGAUAGCUGUGGAGUACCAUGACGAUGUUGACGCCUUAGAGGCUCUGAGACUUCACAUUGACCAGGAGCUGAUGGACCUCUCCUUCACAAGUGAAGGAGGAAGCUUGGGAACUAGAGAUUUGAAGAAAACCACUUCAGCUCCAGAUCUCCGCAAUUUGCAUCUCACCGUCAAGGACUUGGAAACCAGCAGCGUGUGUUCUGUGGAUGAUUUGUCCCCAAGAAACUCCCCAGGAUCUGUAGGAGCAGUGCGCGAAAAUGGCAGCGCGUCUCGAGAUGGUAAUGUCAAAGGAAAUAUGAAACAAUCCAAAGAAUGGCUUGAUACUUUUCUUUAA